AUAUCACGUGAUCGAUCAAAGUAAUUUACUCCUCCCAAAAUGGCUGCAGGCUCAGGACGUGAAGAUUUCAAAAUGACACAAGAUGAAGCAAAUCGUUUGGUCGAAGCUCUGAAGAAGGAAGAAUUUCGAAAGCUUUUAGCUGAAUAUGCAGAAGAGAUAUCAAAUCCAGAAAAUAAAAGGCUAUAUGAAGAAGAAAUUGCAAAAUUGGAACAAGAAAGAGGUGUUGAUGUGAAGUUUAUUCAUCCUACGCCUGGCCAUGUACUUAAAACAUGUCUUGUACCAUCAAAGAAGAAAGUUUUUAUUAACAUAUGUUGCUGUGAUUUAAUUGAGCCAGCUAUGCCUAAUGAAAGGGAGAUUGGAGCCACUAAGACUAUGUGGUCCAUUCCUUAUAGUCUAACUCCUGCUAGAGAGGAUGUUGAUAAAGCUAAUAAUCGGAUUACAAUUUUUGAUGCCAUUUUUAAUCCUGCCACUUACAAGAAAGGGAAAGAGAUGCCAAAGUUUUGUGAUUUGAUUGAAUCUACAGCUCUUGAUGGAAUCGAGAAAGAUUUAAAAGUCAAUAUAGAUCGAAAGCAUAUAAAGAGACUUAAGCAGCCAUACAAAGGUAACCCACAUCCAACAGUUAUUAGAAAAAGAACUGACAAAAAGACUCCAGAACCAAUUGGUCACCUGAAAGUCCCAUAUCCCCCUCUACAAGAAGAAAAAAACGAAAAGAAACCAAAGACUUCAAAUGGCACCAGUACUGACCCUACUGAGCCAAAAUAUUCUAUUGUUUACUCAGGCGAUUUUGAUUGCCAAGAUUUUACUUACAGUCAAACAAACAACAAGCGACCAACAAGGAUUAUUAUUACUAUUGAGCUUCCGAAGCUGACAACUGCUGCCAAGUUAGAUGUUGAUAUCUAUGAAAAAUUGGUUAUUCUUCAUAACUCUGAUCCUUUGUAUCACUUAGAACUUCCUCUGGCAUAUCCUGUUGAUGAAGACAAUGGUAUAGCAAAAUUUCAUAAACAAAAUAAGAGUCUUGUACUUACCCUACAAGUGAUACCAUUGCCUGUUAAGAACCAUACAACUCUACCAUUGUCAGUUCAAGAUGAUGUUAAUGCUCUUGAAAACAAUGAUGAGGUGUCAGAAACAGAAAACAUAUCAACUUUUGAUGAGGAGAGCACUGGUGAAGAGAAACUUGAUCAAAUAAAUACUGAAACUUCAGAGCCCUGCAUAGUGAAAUCUGAUUGGUCAGUUAUGGAGCAAUGGCAGUGUCCACCUUUCAGUUUUAAUCAGGAAAAGGACAUCAUCUCAUUUGUGCUUCAUGUUUCUCAAGUAAAAGCAUCAACUAUUACCUACCAUAUCGAUACCAAUUCAGCUCAAAUUACUUUUAGAAGUACUGGUGCAUACUCCUUUUAUGUGUCAUUCCACGAAGACUGUCGUCUUAUUUCCAAUGAGUCUGGUUUCAGUGUAUCUGAUGACAAUGUGGUUUUGCGGUUCAAGAAACAGGUUUUUGAAAACAAGAAAGACAAUCAUGACUGGCAGUCAUUUUAUUUUGGCAUUAAUUCUAACCAAACAGAGAAAAAAGAUUUUCUAAAUGAAAACAGUUUAGUCGAUAUUAUUCAAAGUGUACAUUAUCCAGAUCCGUGGCACACCAAUAGUUUAUCAACUCCAGUCUCUACUACUGUUAAUGAUGACAAAGCUACCGUUACACUAUCAACAGAGGGAAAAUGUGUACAGGCUGAAGAUGAUGACACACAAGAACAUGUAGAGAAUCCGCUCUCUACAGUUACGGUUAAUGAUGAUAAAACUGUUACACUAUCAACAGAGGGAGAAUGUGUUGAUGAUGACAAACAAGAACAUGCAGAGAAAGAAACAGUUUUACUUGAGGAGGAGAAGGAUGCAAAGGAAGAGAAACCAAUAAUUAUCAAAGAAAGUAUCCCGACAUUUUCAAACACUCUUAUCUUUGAUUUAGACUAGAUUACUGUAAUGGACAUCGUUAUCACUUACAAUAUUAUGUAAAACUGUCUCUCAGACAAAAUAACUUUGUAAAGUGUGAAUAUACAUGUAAUACUAAGUACAACAUUGUAGAGUUUAAAAGUGA